AUGGAAGAAAUUGGGAUAAUACUACCCGAAAAGGAUGAUCAAGUUACUGAUACUAAAGGGUUGGUGUUUUCUGGACCUCAAUCAUUCGAUGAGCUAGAAUCCGAAGACCUUUACACCAAAUACAAGAAACUCCAGCGUAUGUUGGAGUUUCUUGAGGUGCAAGAAGAAUAUAUCAAGGAUGAGCAGAGGAAUCUCAAGAAAGAAUAUUUACAUGCUCAAGAAGAGGUUAAAAGAAUACAGUCAGUCCCACUUGUCAUUGGCCAGUUUCUUGAAGCUGUUGACCAAAAUACAGGAAUAGUUGGGAGCACAACUGGAUCAAAUUACUAUGUGCGGAUUCUGUCAACCAUAGACAGGGAACUACUGAAGCCAUCUGCCUCAGUGGCACUCCACAAACACUCUAAUGCACUAGUGGAUGUACUUCCACCUGAAGCGGACAGUUCUAUAUCUAUGUUACAAGCAGAUGAGAAGCCAGAUGUCCAAUACUCAGACAUCGGAGGCAUGGACACCCAAAAACAGGAAAUAAGAGAAGCUGUAGAACUGCCCUUAACACAUGUAGAGCUGUACAGACAGAUUGGUAUUGAGCCACCCAGAGGGGUGCUUAUGUAUGGACCACCUGGUUGUGGAAAAACUAUGUUGGCUAAGGCUGUUGCUCACCAUACUACAGCGGCAUUCAUCCGCGUGGUUGGUUCAGAAUUUGUACAAAAGUACCUUGGUGAAGGACCACGUAUGGUCAGAGAUGUCUUCCGUCUCGCUAAGGAAAACAGCCCUGCUAUUAUAUUCAUCGACGAAAUUGAUGCUAUUGCUACUAAAAGAUUUGACGCACAAACUGGAGCUGAUAGGGAGGUGCAGAGAAUCUUGCUGGAACUCCUAAACCAAAUGGAUGGCUUCGACCAGACCACAAAUGUCAAGGUCAUAAUGGCUACCAAUCGUGCUGACACUUUGGACCCAGCUCUUUUGAGGCCCGGUCGUCUUGACAGGAAAAUUGAGUUUCCUCUACCUGACAGACGUCAAAAGCGAUUGAUAUUCUCGACUAUCACGGCGAAGAUGAACUUAAGCGACGAAGUGGAUUUGGAGGAGUUUGUAGCAAGACCUGAUCGCGUCUCUGGAGCUGAUAUUAACGCCAUCUGUCAAGAAGCCGGAAUGCAUGCUGUCAGGGAAAACCGGUACAUUGUCCUCCCGAAAGAUUUCGAGAAAGGAUACAAGAACAACAUUAAAAAGGAUGAGAGUGAAUAUGAGUUCUACAAAUAG